UAUCCUACAAACAAUCAACAUGUGGUGGAAAACUAUGAUUAUCUCAUUGCUAUUGAUCGACGUUUUGGCGAAACGUCCUGAAAGAACAAAAUUCGACCAAUCGUCUAUUGAUAUAAGAAGGGAGUUUCGAGUACAAACGAGAAGCCACCAAGCAUCUUACACUUUGAAAGAUUUUGAAACGGGUUAUGCAGCAUACAGAAAUCCUGAACAGGCAACAUGUUACUUGGAAAAGAUGCGACACAAGGGCGGAACUGGAGGCGAUUUCUCGAGCAAUUUUGAAGAUUAUUUUCCGCCGAGAGUGCUCUACGCUUCAGCCUUAAAUAUGACAAAAAAUGAGGUAUGGCAUUUAGCUGGUAGUCGAAUCAUCACUUUCUGCAAAGAUUUAACGAUGAAUCUGUUGCAAGAGAGCAAACCGGUACCUGCAAAAACUUCGAACACAUUUUACAAUGAAAUACCAGAAGACGAAAACUACGUAGUAAAAAAGAAAAAUAAACCGACCACUAUAUUCGAGCGUGCCGAACAAGAAAUAACCAGAGAAGAUGGUGAUCAAUUUAAUAAAGCUCUAGUCAUUAGAGAAAAACGCCAGUUGCCUUCAUUGCGACCUCAAAGAUUCCGAGGACAGACACAGUCGCAGUAUUUGAAUCUUGGUUCCGAAGGACAAAAGGAAGGAAAAGCAGAGGCUGAGGCAACAGAUUAUUCGUCCAGAGCUGUAGUCAGCGGAAGUAAUGGAAUGGGUCAGGCACAGAGCAUGUCGAGCGGUGGUUCGGGUUGCGAAGGAUGUUCAGGGUAUUCAGAACAUGAAAAAAGUGACGGAGGUCCUGGAAAAUUGGUGCAUCAGAACACUGGAAGACCUGGCAUAAUCGAAGCGUUUGGACCUAAUGGAAUGUAUCGCACUGAUUCACGUCCAGUAACAGGAACAUAUAGAGAAACUUAUCCAAGUGGUAUGACAUCGGGCGGUUAUCCCGAUACGACUCAGGAGAGGGGUUUAACUUACUAUGAUAAUGCUCAACUUGGAACGCAUCGCGGAAUGAUUGACCAAACUAACGUGGGAGCAAAGUAUCCAGGAGGUGCGCAGUCUGUUGACAGUACAAGUCACCCAAGAGGAAUGCAGCCGAAUGUUGCGCCAACUUAUUCUCGAGAAAUGCGACCGAAUAUAGGGAUAACCUAUACUGGAGGAAUUCCUACGAAUGGUUACACCAGAGGGACGCAACCGAGCGAACAACGGGGAGCGGAAACGUUCUACCCCGGAGGUAUACGGCCUGGUGAUAGGUUCCAUUACCCUGGAGGAAUACCGGCUGGUAGCGGAGUGCACACGGAAAGAGCUGGAACGAAUCCUAGUGGAGUAGAAAUAGGAGGAACUGGGUCAACUUAUACUGGAGGUGUCAGAACCGGUGGAUCAGGCGCGACUUAUCCCGGAGGUGUACAAACCGGCGGAUCGGGCAUAACUUACCCUGGAGGUGUACAAGCAGGUGGAUCGGGAACUUACCCUGGAGGUGUACAAACAGGUGGAUCGGGAACUUACCCUGGAGGUGUACAAGCAGGUGGAUCGGGAACUUACCCUGGAGGUGUACAAACAGGUGGAUCGGGAACUUACCCUGGAGGUGUACAAACAGGUGGAUCGGGCACAACUUACCCUGGAAGUGUACAAACAGGUGGAUCGGGCACAAUCAUCCCUGGAGGCGUGCAAACUGGCGGAUCAGGCACGAGUUAUCCCGGAGGUGUACAAACCGGCGGAUCAGACACGACUUAUCCGAGGGGUGUACAAACGGGUGGGUCGGGUACGACUUACCCUGGCGGUGAACAAGCGGGUGGAUCGAGAACUUACCCUGGAGGUGUACAAACAGGUGGGCCGGGCACAACUUACCCUGGAAGUGUACGGACAGGUGGAUCGGGUACAACUUACCCUGGAGGUGUAAAAACAGGUGAACCAAGCGCAACUUACCUUGGAAGGGUACAAACAGGUGGAUCGGGCACGAUUUAUCCCGGGGGUGUGCAAACAGGUGGAUCAGACACGACUUAUCUGAGGGGUGUACAAACAGGUGGGUCGGGAACUUACCCUGGAAGUGUACAAACAGGUGGAUCGGGCACAACUUACCCUGGAAGUGUACAAACAGGUGAAUCGGGCACAACUUACCCUGGAGGUGUACAAACAGGUGAACCAAGCGCAACUUACCCUGGAAGAGUACAAACAGGUGGAUCGGGCACAACCUUCCCUGGAGGCAUGCAAACCGGCGGAUCAGACAUAACUUAUCCCGGGGGUACACAAACCGGCGGAUCAGGCACGACUUAUCCGAGGGGUGUACAAACAGGUGGGUCGGAAACUUACCCUGGAGGUAUACAAACAGGUGAAUCAAGCUCAACUUACCCUGGAAGGGUACAAACAGGUAGAUCAGGCACGACUUAUCCUGGGGGUGUACAAACAGGUGGAUCGGGCACAACCUUCCCUAGAGGUGUGCAAAACGGUGGAUCAGGCAUAAUUUAUCCCGGAGGUGUACAAACAGAUGGAUCGGGCAGAAAUUUCCCUGGAGGUGUGCAAACCGGUGGAUCAGGCACAACUCACCCAGGAGGUGUUCAGACGGGCGGACCAGGCACAACUUAUCCCGGAGGUGUACAAACCGAUGGAUCGGGCAUAACUUACCCGGGAGGUAUGCAACCAGGCGGAUCAGGUACAAUGUAUCCUGGAGGUAUGCAAUCAGGUGGGGGAACAACAUACCCUGGUGGAGCUGAACCAAGUAGAGCGACGACAUAUCCCAGAAGAAUGCAGCCAGGCGGAGGGACAAUAUAUUCAGGAAAUCUUCAACCGGGUGACGGAACAAUACAUCCUGGUGGAGUACUAACAGGAAGGGAUGGAACAAUUUAUCCCAAAGGAGCGUUAUCGAGGGAAGGAACGGUUUAUCCCGAAGGUGUAGUCCAAUCAGGUGGAGAACUAACUUAUCCUGGGGUACAACCAGGAGUAACUGAAACAAGUUAUCCUAGAGGUGUACAGCCAAGCGGAGAAAUAACGUAUUCAGGGGGUCGACCUUAUGCAGGGAGUGGACCUUAUCAUCCAGGUGUGCAAACCGGUGAUAGUCCUCAACUCGGUGGUAUAACCUAUCCUGGAGGUGUGCAGCAGCAAAGUGGUUUAUACCCAGCAAUUCCACCAACUGGUGUUACUGUACCCACAGCAAGAACUUUCCCGGGUGGUGUGAUACCUGGAAGUGGUAGAGUAGGUACAUUUCCAGCUGGACCCCACUCAUCAUCCCAAUACCCUUCGAGACAAUACCCUGGGGAAGUUCCUGGUCAACCGGGUGAGUCACAAUACUACGUUCAACCAAUCCCCAGCACCGUUCCAAGUGAUGAUGGCGAUUCUCACGCCUCAAGCUCCGUAAAAGAAAGUGACGAGGGAACUCAAGCAAGUGCAUCAGCUGAUGGUACUUUUGGUUCAGGUACAGCUCAGUCUCAGGUAAGUGGAACAUAUAGCGGAGGAGGAUCUUUCUCCGCUCAGGCUGGGACGAGUGACGGUAAAAAAGGUGCCCAAACUCAAGUAAGUGGAGGAAAGGAAGGGGCGAUCAGUAGUGCUCAAGGCAACGGCGGGCAAGGAAAAAGCCAAACUCAAGUGCAAUUGAAUUCGGAAACUGGUGCAACUAUGACAGGAGCUCAGAGUAGUGGAUGGAAUCAUGGGACCAAUUCGCAGGUUCAAGCGAGUUCAAAAGGCGGAAUGGCCGAUGCUCAAGCAAAUGGAGAAGGCAACACUUCGAGUCAGGCUCAGAUAGGGUUUCAACCGUACGAUGGUUCAGAUGAGAAAAUGGAUACUUCGGGUAGUCCAUUCAGAGGUGGAGGAACGGCGACCGCACAGAGUGGAACGUACAAAGGUCAAUCGCAAUCACAAUUGCAAGGAUCCUUUCAAUACGGUAUAACCUAUAACGGAGCAGCACAAGCUGGUUCAGGCUCUGGUGCAGCUGCAUCACGCAAACCCUUUAACUUUUCAACGACCAACCCGGAGCUUUUUAAAUCUUUCAAUCCCAUUGAACCCAUCCGAAUAUCACAUAGUAAAGAAAAAUCUACUGAAGACGAAAAGACAGAGACUGCUGGUGGUCUGCAAGGGAGUUCGAGUUCGAGAAAAACUGUAAUAGCAAAACAAAAUCCAAUGAGAAUCAUAACAACUACGGGAAAACCUCAUCAGGAAGAGACAUAUGGUUUGCCGGGAAAUGAAGAUUAUGAGGAUGAAGAAUACGAUGAGGAUGACUACGAGGAUCCACCGAGACAAGUUCAAGCGACUAUUUCUGAUGACACGAACAGACAAUCACAAUCGAUAAACAUCGGUAAUCCGGGAGGACACUACGAUAUCAGCGUUACGCAGGAUUCAACGAAGGCGCACGAAGGUGACCUUUUCGAGGCUGGUACUUCGCUAGCUGGUUACACUAUCCCUCCGGGAAUUAGGGGGCGAGUUGAAGCGGUAUCUGGAGAUCACACUAUGGCACAAGGUAAAGGAAAUUCGCAGGCACAAACUGUCAGUCUAAUUCCAUCGACUGACCAAGGAAUUACGAAUUCUCCAGAGAGCACAAUGAAAUCAACGCAACCUCUUUAUUCACGUAAUCCGUAUCCUCAACCAAUGGACAAGAGUUCGUCACAACACUAUUACGGCAGCCGAGAUACACAGCUAAUUCCAGGCAAUACACGAUCAAUUUCAACUGCACCGAUGAAGCCAAAUUACUAUACGGUAACCAACAGUGUAGCUGGGAAAAUGGAUAAUACGCGAAGGAAAUACGAACACCGUUAUUACACAAAAAGUUCCACCUGCGGUUAUUUCACGUUUUCUUGUAACAUCGUUCAUGGCUCGAAUGGACGAACAAAAAUUUGUAAACCGAAAAUGCCCACUUAUUCUGACGGCACACCGAUGAAAUGUUGAUAGAAGCUAUAUUUUCAUAGAAACCCUGUAUCAAAAACUUAGCGAGAUGUCGAGACCAAGUCAUCAGAAAAUUCCAAUUUUUAAGAUAUAAACAUACGUAUUUUCGCAUUAUGCUACGAAUCUCGUCAUAACUACGUUUAAAUUUUUAACAAUCAUGAUCGCUCAAAUAAAAUCACAAGACGGGAUUAGACAUUAAUAAGGAUGACAAACUGAUAUAAAUCCAAACUUACUGAUAAAUUUGAACGAACACUACAUCAACAUGGGGAGUAUAUAUAUACGAAUAUUAGUGGUUCAUAAAGUACAGUAUAAUCUGUAUCAAGAUUAUUGUAGUUGACAUUGCUGGCUAUCUUUUCGAACAAGUUCUACAAUGUUUAUUUAUUUUAUGGAACACCCUGAAUGUAGUUAUUGCGGAAUCAUGUAAACUAUACCGAAACCCUAUA